AUGGCGCAGUCGGAUUCGGUCCGGGCAAACGGCAUCCCUGGGCCGGACCACGCUGAGUCCCCCCAACCGGUUGUCCCUGUCAAGAGGAAGCGCGAUACCGACGACGAUGGCGAGGAGAUCAGCACCGACGGACCUGAAAAGAUGGAAGUCGACGGCGAAUUGCCAAAGGAGGACCACAAACCCCUCAUCAAGGACUACUUCACUGUCCUGAGCAGUUUCGAUGCAAGUCCGUCAAUCCUGAAGCGUCGUCUUCCUGAGCCCGAGUCUGAGCAGCCUGAUGCGAAACGUCAAAAGUCCGCCGAAAGCGCAGCUACCAUUGCCGACAAGGUCACCCACGACGCCUACUCGCAUGUCGACGAACUCGCGGCAGAUCUUGUUGAAGCUGUCCAGGAUCAACUACGAGAACUCCAGUGCGCCAAUGCCGACGACGAUGCCGUGAACAAGAACAUCGAUGGCGUUGCUGUAGCACAAACCAAAAGGUUCAAGGACAAGGCUAUGGACCUGCUCCGACGUGAGAUAUCCUACCCGCGCAGCGCUGUCAAUAUCACCAACACCAAGCCGGAUGUGGAGUCCGCCAUGGGCAAUGCUGUCCUGACGGUUUUCGGCAAUGCCCCUCAUGGCAAGCAACUCUUUUCGAGUUUGCCGAAGAAGGCGUCGGGCAAGGAGGAUUCCGCUGCAACGGCCUCUACCUUCGACCUACCACCUGGUGUGUCUACUUCUUACAUCGUUCCGUCGCGACAAGUGGAGAGAGCCCCGACACUUGGGGACCUUUUCUCUUCUAGCCGGCCCCUUCCUCCGCUGCAGCCGCCGAAACAACCGAAGCCAGUGGCCAAGGGGAACGUUCUCGGGUUUUACCAUCCCGAGCCGGCGCAAAAGUCAAAGUACUUCAAUGAUUCGUACUCAAGCAAGAAGUUGGCGGUCGGUUACUACUUGGACUACACCAACGCAGCACCAUCAGCCAAGACCAAGACGAAACAACGUGAACGAGCACAAAGCUUGGCCGGCCAUAGGCCCUCGUCGACUGAAAUGGAGGUCAACGAGAUGGAAUCGCUAUUCCGUAGCGCCUUUUCCAGCUUCGCGCCCUGCAGGGAUGACUCGGGGUCUGUCGUUCCGUCCAGCCAUGCCGGCCGCAUGUACUGGCAGCUCACCGGCCAGCGGAACUUUAACCGAAUGAUUGAGUCUGAAUUGCGGGAAAUCGAGGAUGAAAAGACUACCGAGAAGCCUGUCGAGAAAGAGGCUGUAACUGGACAGGUUGAUGAAGAGUUCGUCAACGAGGCAAUUGAGAAGUGGGAUGAGUGGCUAGUGGAUCCAGCCUUGCAAGACAUGAACGACGUUCUAGCCAAGCCCAAGGACAAGGAUCCCGCUGACAAGGAAGCUGAUGACCUCCUCGACGAGGUCACUGACAUGAUUGAGACACUGCUAUCGUACCAGCGCAUCCGCAACCUUACGCUACCAUCAUCCCAGAACCGCUACGCGGGCGACCCUGUCAACGGCGACCUGCUGUCUCAUGGUGCUGUCUUGACACCGACGGAAGAGGAGACUGCGACAUACGAGGCACUCAAAGCACAACUGAGUCUGAUCAUCAACACUCUGCCUCCUUACGCGGUGGCUAAGCUCAACGGUGGUCAACUUGAACAGCUUCUCAUCAGCACCAAGCUCGAGGUCCGCACAGAUCAGUACAAGGGCGUAAUGGAGGACGACGCCGCCUCACAAGCUCGUAUGCGUCAGCAGCAAAGCGUGGCUACCGCCGCACCUACGAACCGACCUGCCCCGCACCGCACGCCUAGCGCAUCCACGCCAUACGGAACCCAAUACGGCUCCGGUCAGUACGGCACCCCCACACGGACGCCGUCGAUUGCACCUACAAAUUAUUACCGACCGGGUCAGCAACCGGCAAUGCCCCCGCAACAGGGCUCUGUUCCGCGACCUGGCGGCGUACCCCACCAGAUGUCUCAUACACCGCAGCCACGCCCUGGCCAGCCAGGCAACUACCGGCCUACUAACGGAUACACUAAUUAUGCACAACAUGUCGGAAAGGCCCAGACGCCGUACGGACAUCAAGGGGUCCAAUACGGAUCUCAACAGAGACCUCCGCAGUACCCGGGCUAUCCAGGAACACCGCAGCACGGCACGCCCAACGCUCGUUUCCAGCAACCGUACCAGCAGUCUUUCCAGCAACAGCCGACUACGCCGUCUCAGGGCUACGGUGGUUACUAUGCCAACGGUUCCAACAUGCAGCAACGAACCAUGUCGCCCCAGAUCCCAGCUGCUCAAUAUCAAUCGUCGCCGACACCGCACCAGCAGGCACGGUACUACGGUUCGACUCCUCACCAAACCAUGCCUGGCACUCCCCCAAUCAAUCGUCAGCAAUACGCGAAUGGUAGUCACCUCCCUCAGCAACCCUUAAACUCUCUAACACCUGGAUACAAUGCAGCCGUCGCGAGAGCAGAUCAGCAGCGCCUGCAUGCAGAACAAGCGAGAUACCGAGCCGCAGCGCAACAAACGAGCGCUGCCUUUGGGACCAAGAUACAAGGGACGCAGGAGGGUGCGAUGCCCGGCGAUGACCCCAGCUCCCAAGGAUCUCCCUACAAUGCGAGCAUGAGAGCCCGCAUGGCUGCAGGCGGUACCCCGAAACCGCAGAGUCCUGUAGGGAAGGCAACCAAUGGCACCCCGCCAAUUCCUCAUAAAGUGACGCCAGUGCCCAUACCGGUUAUACCCCAACAGCAAAGGAAGCCAGCUUAG